UGUUGUUAACAAUGCACGUCACAAAAAGAGUUGACGUUCCAUAAUUUUUAAAAAAGCGCGAAAAGAUAUGGUAUUCAAAUCAGUUGCUGAGCAAUUAUUGUUUAUUACAUCAUGUUAUUAUCACCGCGGCAUCAUACAGUGAGAGAGAGGGAGAGAUGCUGUAAUCGCGCGGCUGACUGUUUUGACCCCGCAGCUCUGGGCGGAGAUUAACAGGCUUUUUAAAACUAUUCUUCGAUCGGCUUGAGCUUUGACCAACACUGAGCGAGAUGAUCGAAACCAGCAUCAAGUCCUUUUGUGUUUGCCCGAUCUGUCGCGCCGGAUAACAUCAACAACAGCUUAUAUCUGCAGAAAUGUGCUAAUCUAAACCUCCCGAACUCGAGCAGAGUCCUGCAUUGCCAAUGAAGUCCAAUCAAUUCCUGGAAGAGGACUGAUCCUCGUUCCCCAGGCGAUAACACAGUUUCUUUGGAGCGACCUUCAAAUUACUUGUUCGCUUUCCAGGAAAUAAAGGAUUUUGUUUGCGUGUUGGUCCAUGUGAGAAGUCGAAAGUGUCUCUUCAACGCGUCCUCCAGAAACUCAGACUGUUGUCUAAAGCAGACGAGGCUCAGCCCCCUCAUACGGAAGCGAUGGGAAGCGUGAGAGCCCACCGAUACAGCAUAGUUUCCUCAGAAGAAGGUGGGAUGAAGUUGUCCCCCAUUGCUAUUCAAAACGGCUACGGCAAUGGAAAAGUGAGCACCACAGAUCACGAGCAACAGCAAACGCAAAACCGAUUCGUCAACAAGGAUGGACGCUGCAAUGUACAGUUCAUCAACAUGAGCGAAAAAGGUCAGCGAUACCUAGCUGAUAUCUUCACAACAUGCGUUGACAUUCGCUGGCGUUGGAUGAUGGUCCUUUUUUUCCUGUCCUUCCUAUUGUCUUGGCUUAUUUUUGGACUUAUAUUCUGGCUCGUUGCAUAUACAUCUGGCGACUUGGAUAAUCAAGUGCAGAUAUGCAUUUCGAAUGUUGACAGUUUUACUGCGGCUUUCCUGUUUUCGGUAGAAACACAAACGACUAUUGGAUAUGGCUACCGCUAUGUGACGGAGGACUGCCCCAUUGCUGUGUUCAUGGUGGUUUUUCAGAGCAUCCUGGGAUGCAUCAUUGAUGCAUUCAUCAUUGGUGCGGUCAUGGCUAAGAUGGCCAAGCCUAAAAAACGAAAUGAAACCCUAGUGUUCAGUCAAUAUGCAACAAUCGCAAUGAGGGACGGUAAACUGUGCCUAAUGUGGAGAGUCGGGAACCUCCGCAAAAGUCACCUGGUGGAGGCACACGUCCGCGCUCAGCUGCUCAAAUCCCGCACCACAGCUGAGGGCGAAUUCAUCCCUCUGGAUCAGUUAGACAUUGAUGUCGGAUUCGACACUGGUAUUGACCGUAUAUUUUUAGUGUCCCCCAUCACCAUCGUCCAUGAGAUUGACGAGGACAGUCCAUUCUAUGACAUGAGCAAACAGGAACUGGAAAGUUCCGAGCUGGAAAUAGUGGUGAUUUUGGAGGGCAUGGUGGAAGCUACAGCCAUGACCACUCAGUGUCGAAGCUCUUACGUGACUAGCGAAAUCCUGUGGGGCCAUCGCUUUGAGCCGGUCCUUUUUGAGGAGAAGAAUCAUUACAAGGUGGACUACUCGCACUUCGAAAACACCUACGAGGUUCCCAACACACCUCAAUGCAGCGCUCGAGAUUUGGCAGAGAAGACGUACAUAAUGUCUAAUUCAAACUCUUUUUGUUACGAGAAUGAAGUCGCUUUCAUGGAUAAAGAGGAAACGGAGGAUGAUGAUGAUGACGAUGAUGAUGAGCAGAUUAACAUCAGGAGGGACAGUGUGGUUUUAGAGGGAUCCAAUAUGGACGAUGUCAAAAGCACAGCUUCUAGUCAGGACACUUUACCACUACAGCUCAAACCUUUAAGACAACAGCCUGAGAUCUGAGCAAUGUUCUGUCUUUGUGGUGAUGUUUGUGUACAGCAUACAAUGGCAAAGCCUGAGAAAAGGCUCAUUUGCUGCUGAUUUGAGAGCAAAAUGUUGCCAUUGGUUUGAGAGGAGCCCAAAAGUUUGGGUUGCAGAUGUCUUGUAACAUUCAUUGUUGUGUGUUGUCUAAGAAGACAGAUCAACAGAUAUUAACAUUCAGAUCUGUUCAGACACUCUCGACACAAUCAAGUUAUAAUAUACAUGCAAGCACAUAUGCAGUCCCUGUAGAAUAUUUACGCUCUGCUCCAUACCAAGUAAGCAAAACAAAUCAAUCACAUCAGCUCAAUGUCGAACAUGACACAAAACAAUAUUUAAAGUUAUUCUCAGUACAGCUUUACAUUUGCAUGUCGCUAAGAUAAAAUGAAAUACUCUGAAAGGCAUAAUGUGGAAAUGCAUGGCAUUAAAAGGACAGUUCAGCUAAAAAGUCCUGCCAGCAUUUACUUUUUUAAA